UUUGUGACUACUCAGUGCAAAUUCAGUUCUCGACGAUAGCUGACGAAGCAUCCAAAAACUCCGACUCAAAGGCAAACAAUGACAGCAAACAAAAGCGAUAUCGAGGAGUUGUACAAGUUCAUCUAUCCGCUGGCUGUAAGAGCAGGUGAAAUACUGUUCGAGGGCUAUCAGAAUGCGGGCAAAAAGUUCACACUGAAGCGAAACGAGUUCCACAACGUAGUCACCGACUACGACAAUGAAAUAGAAGAGUUCUUGAUGAGCAGCAUACUGGCCAGCUAUCCGGAGCACAAGUUCAUUGGCGAGGAGGAUACGCACAAGAACAACAAUAUAACGAAGGAGCUAACAGAUGCGCCCACUUGGAUCAUAGAUCCCAUCGAUGGGACCUCCAAUUUCAUUAAACAAAUCCCACACGUAUCCGUUUCCAUUGGCCUCUCAAUCAAUAAGCAAAUCGUGCUGGGAGUUGUGAAUAAUCCAGCCCAGGGUAAGCUCUACACAGCCAAGCUGGGUCAAGGCGCCUUCUGCAAUGGUGAGCCCAUUCAUGUGAGCAAUUGUGAGCGUCUGAACGAUGCUAAUGUUGCCUAUGAGGUGUGUUUGCUGCACGAGCCAACGAUACGGAACAAACACAUUAAACGCAUCUACUAUGUGGGCUCACAGGCGAGACGUUUGAUUGGCUAUUCGGCUGUGGUAGAUUCCCUCUGCAUGGUCGCCGCUGGCAAUCUGGACGCCUUUCACAUUGAGGACAUGUACCCCUGGGACUGUGCUGCUGGCUAUUUGCUGAUACGCGAAGCCGGCGGCGUUGUUACCCAUCCCUAUGGGGGGCCCUUUGACAUUAUGAAGCCAGAUCUGAUUUGUGCCGGCACAGAAGCACUGAGAUUGCAAAUUGAAACUCUUAUACGCAAGGCAGACCAGGCCAAGUCUGUGGGAGGUGAAGAGGAUCAUCAGUUGGUCGAGUGCAAAGCGAAAAAAAUGAGCUCAACGUCUGAGUCAAAAUUGCAGAAGUAUUACGAAGUGGCGCUGGACUUGGUGAAGCAAUGCGGGCCCCUGCUAAUGGAGGGCUACAAAAAGCCCAAAACUGAUUUUACAGUUAAGAAAGACUUCUAUGAUCUGGUCACUGUGUAUGACAAACAGAUUGAGGAUUUCCUAACGGAGGGCUUGCUAAAGGCCUUUCCCGAGUCGCUAAUCAUCGGCGAAGAAGAAUCGGCAACUAGCAAACGCGACGCCGAGUUAACUGAUGCCCCCACCUGGAUCAUCGAUCCCAUUGAUGGCACCACAAAUUUCGUCCAUCGCAUACCACAUUGCUGCAUUUCGGUGGGUCUGACCAUCAACAAGGAGCUCGUCGUGGGCAUCAUCUAUAAUCCGCCGGGUAAUGAAUUGUUCUCGGCAUGGAAAGGGCACGGCGCCUACCUCAAUGGCCAGCGCAUACACACUUCCAAAGUGACUACGAUAAAUCAAGCUGUGGUCGCCCUAGAAAUCUCAGUCAUACAUGCAGCUGCUGUCAGAGAUAAGAAUAUCAAACGACUUUACAAGUUGGGCUCAAAUGCCACAGCCACUCGCAGCUUUGGUAGCGGAGCCCUUGCUCUUUGCUAUGUGGCAACGGGACAAUGCGAUGCCUAUCACGUUGAUGAUCUGCAGCCCUGGGAUAUUGCAGCUGGCGCUGUUAUUUUAACAGAGGCAGGCGGCUCUAUAUACCAUACCAAAGGUGGCGAAUUCAAUGUUAUGAAGCCCGAUUUGGCAUGCGCCGGCACAGAUGAAUUGGCCAAGAGUGUGAUAAGUCUCAUUGCAGAGGCUGAUCAAAUAACAGAAUAUACAUUCAACAAAAGCGAUGCGAGCAUCAUAGUCCGGUUUCAGUCGGGAGCUGAUGUCUGUGCAGUAACAACGCAUAUCGCAAGCUCUAUACCAGGUCUUUACAAACAUUCGUCAGCUGCCAAUAUGUUAACGGAAAUUGAGGAAUUGUAUAACUUCAUUUUCCCACUGGCGCAGCGCGCAGGCGAUAUACUGAUCGAGGGCUACAAUCGCACGGAGAAGAAUGUGGACAUUAAGGGCGCAUUCUAUGAUGUGGUCACCGACUAUGACAACAAGAUCGAGGAGUUUCUGAUGGGCGAAAUCUUGGCCAAAUACCCGUACCACAAGUUCAUCGGCGAAGAGGAUACGGCCAAGAAUAAUAAUGUCUCUAAAGAGCUGACAGAUGCGCCCACUUGGAUCAUCGAUCCCAUUGACGGCACCUCCAAUUUCAUUAAACAAAUCCCACACGUUUGUGUCUCGAUCGGGCUGGCAAUCAAUAAGCAAAUCGUGCUGGGCAUUGUGAAUAAUCCAGCCCAGGGCAAGCUCUAUACAGCGAAACUGGGUCAAGGCGCCUUCUGCAAUGGCAAGCCCAUUCAUGUGAGCGAGUGUGAGAGCUUGCGGGAUGCCAAUGUGGCUUAUGAGGUAUCCCUGUUGCAUGUGCAUAAUGUGGCUAACAAGCAUAUCAAACGCAUCUACCAUGUGGGAUUGCAUGCCAGACGCUUGUUGGCCUACUCCUGUGUCGUGGAUGAGCUCUGCAUGGUGGCUGCCGGCAAUUUGGAUGCCUUUUAUAUUGAGGACAUGUAUCCUUGGGAUUGUGCCGCUGGUUCAUUGCUGGUGAGUGAGGCGGGCGGAGUAGUCACACAUCCCUUCGGAGGACCUUUCGAUAUUAUGAAACCAGAUUUGAUUUGUGCCGGCACCGAAAAAUUGCGCAAAGAAAUCGAGAACCUGCUCCGCAAAGCAGAUCAGGAGCGCUCUGUUGGCGGCACUGACCCUUAGAAUCUACUCAAAAUAUAUUUAUAAAACCUGUUCAAUAAAUAAAGUUCUGACGAAAAAAAAGC